UGACAGCCGGCGAGCCUAUGAAAGUCUUGAGUCUGAGUUCAGUCCAGGAGAGACCAUGUCCGCCGUCAUAGGCGAACUAUACGCACCUCUACUCUCAUUUAAAACUAAUUCUCCAUGAAAUAACAGUAACGUGGGGCCUCAAGGAUGGCCAACUCGGGUGCUGUUCAGGUGAAACUAGAACUUGGUCAUCGUGCCCAGGUCAGAAAGAAACCCACUGUGGAGGGCUUCACUCACGACUGGAUGGUGUUUGUCCGAGGACCAGAGCACAGCAACAUUCAUCACUUUGUGGAGAAAGUAGUUUUUCACCUGCAUGAAAGCUUCCCUAAACCAAAAAGAGUGUGCAAGGAUCCACCGUACAAAGUGGAGGAGUCUGGAUACGCAGGCUUCAUCUUGCCUAUUGAAGUUUACUUCAAAAACAAGGAAGAACCGAAGAAAGUUCGCUUUGAUUACGACUUGUUCCUCCACCUGGAGGGCCACCCGCCUGUCAAUCAUCUCCGCUGUGAGAAGCUCACCUUCAACAACCCAACAGAGGAGUUUCGUAGGAAGCUCCUGAAAGCCGGAGGGCAACGGGAUCCUCACAAACGAAGUUCAGAGGACUCAAAAGCAGGUGAUGGUAAUGCAGGAGGGCUCCACUUCCCUGUUCGGCCAGCACCUGAAGCUGCCUACACUUCCCAACAGCUUGCUGACAUCCACCUUCUCCGACCCAAAGAAGAGCAAAAGCAUCCAUGGGUCAAAGGUCAGUGUUUCCAGGAUGGCUCCAGAGGAAGCAGUACUACCCUUCUGACCACCACCGCCACCACCACCAGCUCCAACAGCAGCAGCUUCUCCAAACUCCACAAACCCUCCAAGGACCACAAAGACAAGCCUCCAAAAGACUUGAAAGAGCCCAAAAGUGCCUUCAGAGACUCUGGCUGGGAACCCAGCAAAGCCCCCAAAGAACCUUCCAGGAAACCCAAAGAGAACCAGCCACUUAGAGAUAUCAAUCCUAAAAUGGGCUUCAAGGAACCCAAGUCUCUGUCCAAGGAGCAUCGGACUGAGGGGACGACUCAUGGGUCAGGGCUAAACAAACGUCUGUCCACCCCUGACUGUGACGAUCACGUGACCAAAAAACGUAAGAAGGGAUUUGUGGAUUCAUCAGGAAAGCAGAUGUCAGGGUCAGAUGCUCAACAUUCGGAUAAGAAACUCUUGAAGGAUAGAUCACAGAUGCGAACGAGCAAAUUGCGACCAGAAGGUGACGAGGCAGAGUGCAGGAAGGUGUCGACACUUCCGCCAUUCCAGGAACUGGUGGACCCCAAUGAUUCUGAUAUGGAGGACCAGUCUACCAAGUCAGAUUCUGAACAGCCCAGUCCAGCCAGCUCCAGCUCCAGUUCAGGCUUUGCUCCCACGCAGCAAAAACGACAAGUGGUGGACUUCAUCAUCAGGAAAAGGGUGGCUAUUCCUGCCACCACCCACACAGUGCUGGGCCCGUUGCAGUCAGUCAUGCAGGAUCUGCACUCAGACGACAACGAUGAAGAUUCAGAGGACGACGAUGACCAUGACAUGGACUCUGACGUGGAGCGACCAGCACACACACAUCUCACGCACCACCAACGCAGAGUCAGUUUAAGUGAUGGCAGUGAGAGUGACAGCUCCUCGCCCUCACCCCCACCCCGCAAUGAAGCCCCACCCUUAUUAAAGACUACUAAUAACCAGAUACUGGAAGUGAAGAGUCCCAGCAAGCAGAGCAAGCAGGACAAGAACAAAAGCCUAGAUUGUGACAAGGCUUACCUGGAUGAGCUGGUGGAACUGCACAAAAGACUGAUGACACUAAGAGAAGGUCAUAUACUGCAACAGAUCGUGAACCUCAUUGAAGAGACCGGACACUUCCACAUCACAAACACUACUUUUGACUUUGACCUUUGCUCCUUGGACAGAAGUACAGUAAGAAAACUGCAGAGUUACCUGGAAACCUGCGGACUGUCCUGAGGCUCUGAGCAGCUGGCUGCUGGAUCUCCGUCUCCACGUAGACUUUAGAUUUUUCUUAAAUGAACUCCAACUUUGGAUGCAAUGCAAAAGCACCACUGUGGCUGGGUCCAGUUGCUGUGUGUCCAGCCUGCUGGUUGGACUGGGCUCUCUGAAGAAGAGGUCAUCCCGCUACAGAAACUAGAGCCAGGUGUCGUGGGGAUGAGCCCUGUCGAUCAGGAGAUCACCCAGAAAGCCUUGAAAACGUCGCUUGAUUUAUGGAAAAAUACAAGUGGCGAAUGGCGACCUUGUUGCUCUUAAUGAAUGUGCAUAUUGUUACCAUGUAUGUUUCUUGAUUUGUUGUUCAUUGUGACAAAUGCAUGGUCAGCAUUGCCUUACAACAUUGUAAGUCUUAUUUAUUGAAUUUAAUUUGCAGGUGUGUGUGUGUGUGUGUGUGUGUGCGCGCGUGUGUGUGUGUAUUUGAAAUGGUAAAAAAAAGAAAAACAGCAGAAUGACACUUUGUUGAAGCACUAUACAACAGGUAUAUCUUUGAAUCUGUGUGACAGUUGAGCAUUACUACGACACGAUAUGUCACUGACUUGAAUUGAAAUUUAAUGUCAUACUGAAUCAUUUCAGUGGGAACAAAAAACUGCCACACAGAUGUGAAGUUGACGCUUAUACAUUUUUAUUCCAAUCCAUAAGAGACAUAAUACGUGUGUGUGUGCGACAUUGUAGGAAAAUUUGGAAUCUGUUUUGUUUUCGCAAUUGCUAUUCAUAAAGGUACAACCUAUACUGUGCAAAAAAACUGCUUUCAACAUCCUUGCAGAAGCACUCUUAAAUCGUGUGAGGUCAGUGUAUGUGAGAAUCCAGGUUAGAGCCCUGGCCAGUCCAUGAAGGGGAGUGGUUUUGACUGGAUCGGGUCUGGAUCGGGACUAUCACGACAUAAAAAGUCUAAACAUAGCUGCUUUAAAUCCCCACAUUUUGGCUGUGUCAUCUUAAAGAAAGCUUGCUAUUGAAUUUGUUUUCAACAUGACUUGCAAACCAUUAGACUAAAGUGUAUAUCUGUAUUCCACAUGCAUAAAACAUUUAACUUACAUUGCACACACAGAGAUUGGCUUUCCAGCUUUAAGAAUUGGAGCCACCACAAUAUUUCAUACAAGUGCAACAUCAUUUGGCAGUUUUUUAUUCCCAUAUUUUGACACUGUAUAAAGUAAGACAUAAGUGGCUGCUGGAGUGAGCUGAGCACAAAUCACUAAGGUGAAAGUUCUCAUGAUACAAUAGAAAAUACAUUUUUACCAAAUCCAGGAAUAAUGUGCUGCAGGUUGGCCCUGCCGACCAUCAUUGGCUUCAACCUAAAGAAAGCUGUUGUGUCGGCUCAUUUUCUGCUACAGGGCCAAUGUAACAAGCCAAAAGCAUAUUUAAUAGAUUCAGUUGGUUUAGGAUACUACUAAUGUUUGUCUACCGAAUAUGAUUUAAAGGAAGUCGUUAUGUCUUUGCCAUCGGGGGAAAUGGAUUUGUAGACCAACUCCCUUUUAUGAUGUCAGAGUCAAGAAAAGACAGCUCCUGUGUUCUGCAUUUCUGAAAUGUGUGAAAUGUUUUGGAUAAAUUUAACACAUAAAAAGCCAGUGGGAAUUUUGGCUGACAGGUACUGUUACGGGUGUAAGAAAAAAAGAUCUUUUAUUUAUUUUGUGGGAGUUUGAGUUGUUAAAUCAAAGCUCAGCAUUAAUUUUCCAAGGAGAAUGCCUUUGUUUGAUUUGUAACAGAGGACACUUUUGCCAGUCUGAUAAAUUAAAGUUCAGGAUGGUAAACCGAGGUGGUCCUUUCCAAAUGACCUUAAAGGGUUUUUCUUACCCUGUGUUCUGUCUUAUGGUUUCUUGUGUAUUUUGAGGACAUACAAUAAAUAUUCUGUAUGCUGUACAGAUGAGUUAUUAA